AUGCAGAGAAAAGGCGGGAGAGCGCCGGCAGGCCACCUGUCGCGGCUGAAGCCGGUCGAGCACGACCCGCUGGCAGAAUACGGGUUGCCGUCAAAAGGAGAAAAGAGACUGCUCUCCCCGAAAGUGCAGGAAGCCUACUACGCCAAAAUCACAGAGCGCUACCUUGCCUUCUGCACCGCGGCCGGCGACCGCGACGAGCUGCAGAGGCAAUUUGCCCGCCUCGCCAUCACUGACCAGCGCAACCCCAAGCCGUCUUCAGCCUCCGACGACUUCUCCAACCAAGUCUACCUCUUCUCUAUCCGCCUUGGCAUCCUCGCCUCUUCCUACGAAACCUACUACCCCUCCCUCCUCUACCUCCUCCGCCGCCAACCACCCAACCCACGAUCCCGACGCCCUGGCACAUCGCCAGCACCACCAUCAUUACCACCGCCACAACAAUCACAAUCACAACCACAACCACACACCCCACACCUAACAACAGCCCCCCAACCCCGCGCCGUCCCCCUCACAACCGUCGAACAAGCCGACCUCGCCGCCUACCUCAUCCUCGACACAGCCUGCCGGCGGGGGGACCUGGCGGGCGCCUACGCGCAGCGCGCGGCGCACGGGCUGCGCGACCGGCACGUGGACGCGGUGCUGCGCGCGCUGGCGGCCGACAACUGGGCGGCGUGGCGGCGGGCGCGGCGGCAGGCGGACCUGUACCGGGCGACGCUGAUGGAGGGCGCGGAGCGGCGGGUGCGGGCGCACGCGCUGCGCGCGAUCGGGCGGGCGUACCUCACCGUCGGGGUGCGCUGGGUCGAGGGGCAGUUGGGCAUGGCCUGGGACGGGCUGCGGGAGGGGUUUGGGGUCGGCUGGGAGGUGGAGGAGGGCGGCGCGGCGGAUGGGGAGGAGGAGGGCGGGAAGGUCGUCGUUCGGCGGGUCAAGGGGAAGUGAAUGGGCAAGAAAUAAAUAAUACAGUGCCCUGGGGAGGUGGUUAGUGGGCUGUAUGUACAACAAUACCCUGCGGAAGUAUUCCGUAUUCUGCAUAUACCUAGAUCCAUGGCGUGGGUGGCUACGAGGGCGUCGGACGGCUUUAAUUUUACGAGCGGGAAUGAAUCAAUGGUUUACCGUCC